UUUUUUUUCAUUUUGUUCGAGAGUGGAGUAGAGGAUAAUAAAUAACCAUUCUAUAUUUCCAUGUUUUAUUGAUAAUAUAAUUUUCAUUUAUUCAUUAAAUUAUAAAUUACUUAAAUGUUUAUUAAUAUACAUUAACAUUAUGUAGGUAACCUAAAUCUUAACGCAUACAACAUCACGACAAAUUUUAUUAGUUAUUAUCAAGUUUUUUUAGUCUUUAACACACAUUACCGAACUACACAUUUUACACCUAUACUAAUACAAAUAUUGAUUUUAGUUUUAAAAAUGGUUGACGAAUUAGAAUUAUUAACAAAUUUUCAUAAAACAUAUUCCGAUGCUCAAGAGUUGGCAUUAAAUACCAUACACGUUAUUGAAAUGCCAAUAUGUAAUUUUCUUUCAGAUCUAACAUCAAGAGAUUGCAUAUAUCUAAUGGUAGGUAUCUUUUUCUUAAUAUACAAUAUUAAAAGUCCACUAAUGAUGGAUUAAUCAUUCAACAAUGCAUGGUAUAGGUAUUCUUAGUUAUUUGUUCUCGUUUUUUAAUGAAUUCAUUAUUAUAUAAUAAAUACUUAUAUCUAUAUCCAACUAAUUGUCAUUUAUUUUAUUUUUUCAGAGUAAUAAAUUUGAGGAUUUUUCCAUUUUAAAGCAACCUUUUACAGAAAUUUUACUUCAAAGUUACUUAAUAACUGAUUAUAUAAGCUGUGGCUUGUCAUCUCCAUCUUUCCAUUCAAUAUUUAUUAAAACUCUUCUUUCAGAUGGGUCAAAAAAAAAAUUGAUUAAAAAAUUAUUACAAAUUUGGGAUUGUUUGUUCAAAAAAUUAAAAAUAACAGGUAUAUUAUUUCUAAAAAUUAUUUUAUACACACAUGGUGAUUCAUUUAAAAGGUUAUACUGGUUAUAUUGAUAAUUAAUGGCUUUUUAAAAAAAAAAAUGAUACAUUUUUUAAUAAUUUAAAAAAUAAGCAACUCCAAAAUAUGACAUUACACUAUUUUUGCUACCUUUAAUUUUUAGGGUGAAACAACUAUGUACUUUUUAUUUUCAAACCCUAAUUGAAAAUUACAUACAUAUAUAGAGAAAUUAUUUAGUUUAAAUAAAUUUUGAUGACAUCAAAUGCAACCACAUAAAUUAAUCACCCUGCAUAUAGGUAAAGAAUUGUGUAUAAUACUUUUAUCAUAAUUAUUCUAGAUCAGAAUGUUGUAUUUGUUAAACACUUAAUAUUCAGUUUAGAACGUGUAAUUGAUAAGAUAUCAAAAUCAGUUAUUGAUGAUUAUAUUCAGCUUAUAUGUAAUAAAUUUAAGAAUCAAAUAAAAUAUUGCAUUCAAAAGUACGACCAAAGUAUUUUAGAAAAAGAAGUUUUGUUUACUUUAAGUAGUGCAUAUGAACUACAGAACUCAAACAAGAAAAGGGAUUUAGAUAUUGAAUAUACAUUUUCAAAUAAAUCAAAAGUAAACUUUUCAAGUUCAUUUCAACAAAUUUUACAAAAAAAACCUAACUUAAAAAGUACUACAUGUAAUAUGUUAAAUAAUAAACAACAUGAUGCACAUGAUUAUUCUGAACCAUUAGUUGAUCAAAACUUGUCAAAGAAACCAAAAUUGAUGUCAAUGGAUGUAGAAAAUACUAUACUGCAUGAGAGUAACAAAUUAGGUAUGUUGUAUUUUAAGCAUUCUAAUUUUCACCUAAUACUAUUUAGAUAUUUUAAAACUUAAUAAUACAUAUAUCCAUUUUUAAGUCUUAUAAAAUCAUAUUUCUAGUCAUAAAUUAAGGUUUUAUACUAAUUUGCAACUAUAAAAUAUGACUAAUAUGAAGUAGUAUAAUAUAACUAAUUAUAACUAAUAUAAUUAGUAUAUAAUAUUAUGUAUAUCCAUUAAUAACAUAAUAUUUAAAGAAUAAUUUGAAGAAUAAAGGGAAAUCCAUAGAACUAUUCAUCUAGAUGGAACAUUCACCCACGAGGACUAGAAGGUGCGAUCGGUGCAAACCAACCCAGAAAAAAAUAGAAUAGAAAAAUUAAUUUUCCAGUUGUUUUCAUAGUAAAUGAAAAAUAUAUGGGGAAAACGGGAAAAUUCGUGAAAUGUAUUAUUUUCAAAUCGUAAAUAUUACAGCCUUUCAAAACAUGUAUAACCGAACUCCACUCAGAAUUGUUUUUCUUUAGAAAAGAUUUAUUGUUGCGUACAGAUAUUUAUUAAAUUCCCCUCUAUAUCCUACCUUCCCAACUUUUCAUCUACAUUAGUGGCCAUUCAUUAUUCGAAAUAUGUCCGUAUCUAUUCAUUGAAUCUUAAUAUAAGUGAGAAUAAUAAUAAUUAUAAGAUUUUUAAAAUUAAAGAAAUAUAAAUAUUUGAAAUACCAAGGUAUGUAUUUUAAUAUUGUUAUAUAGUUUCAGAUAGAAUUUUGGUGAAGCCUUUGGAACCAAAGCUGAAUGCUUUCCAAGUUCUGAUGCUCAGCGCCAAGAAACUAAAAUCAAAAAAGUAAUUGAAAAAUAAACAUUUACAAAAAUAUUCUUUUUAUAUAAUGAUUUAUGAUUAAUUAAAUAACUGUUUUGUUAUCUUAUGUAUUAAUUAUAAAAAAAUAAACAUACUAUAUUGUACUAAGUUGUGUAAUUUAACCUUUUUAUUAUUUAAUUACUUAUUUAUAUUAAAAAGGUUUUGCUAAUAUUUACAUUUGUUUUAGUUUAAUAUUUUGUUAUAUUAUUUAUCAAUUAUAAUUUGAAACAUACUACGUAUAAUACCAAGAUGUGUUUUUUUUGUUUUACUAUUAAGUGUUUAAAAGAAAAAAUUAUUAUUUUAUUCUUUACAUUUUUAAGAAUAUAAUUGUUUAUGUAUCUAUAUUAAAACAAGUUUCUCAUAUAAUAUAUAAUAAUUAUAAUUUAUUAAAUUAUUGUUAUGUUAUUUUAUUAUAAUAUAUUGUAACUAUGGCC